AAAAGGCUUUAGUCUGUCAUUAAGCAGUGAAUAAACGAAAGUUGAUGAUACACGAGAACAAACUCACAUACAGAUACAGAGGGAGAGAGAGAGAGAUUCUGUAUGUAGCUUGGCUUCCAAUUUCCUGGAAGUUUUCUUUUCCCUGUUUUGAGCUGUAAGGGUUGUGGUUUCUGGAAUCUGGUUUCCGGUUUUUGUCAGAAAUGUGUGGGUAGCAAGCACAGUUACACCGCUCUCACUUGGGUUUUCACCUGUGAAAGAUGGUUUUGCAUGCUUGCUCAAGGUGGUAUUCGUGUGCUUUGCCGCAAUGAUGGGCGUUUUCUACUGACAGAUCAGAACCAUGCAUUGACCAUAUCCUGGUUUCAGCCUUGAAAGAAAAAUAUGAAAUCAGGAUCAAAAGGCUGGAAAUCCAUCAUGCCUCUUCGUCUGCGAGGCAAGGCAGCCACUCGCUUCUGCAUGUUCCCAAAAGUGAAGUCAGCAGGCUAUGGUCCAGGUGACAUCCCCGUUUACCUCAAUGUUUAUGACUUGACACCCAUGAAUGGCUACGUCUACUGGGCAGGCCUUGGGAUCUUUCACUCUGGUGUGGAAGUUCAUGGUGUAGAAUAUGCCUUUGGAGCCCAUGAUUACCCAACAAGUGGUGUCUUUGAAGUGGAGCCUCGGCAAUGCCCAGGAUUCAAAUUUAGGAAGUCAAUAUUCAUGGGGACAACAUGCUUGGACCCGGUUCAGGUCAGGGAGUUCAUGGAGCGCCACUCUGCAAACUACAAAGGCGAUACAUAUCACUUGAUUGUUAAGAAUUGCAACCAUUUUUGUAAGGAUGUUUGCUACAAGCUGACUGGGAACCCAAUUCCCAAAUGGGUGAAUCGACUUGCAAGAAUAGGUUCACUUUGCAGUUGCUUGCUCCCUGAGGCUCUCAAGGUAUCUGCUGUUCGGCAUGAUCCCAAUUAUCAAGAAUAUGAUGACAGUGAAAAGAGGCGGCUGAGAAGUGCCUUCAGUUGCUUGUCUUCAAUUUCAAUGCGGCAGAAGCAGUUGUCUACUUCUUCAUUGUUUCUACAUUCACCCUUGAAAGGGUGCCUUCCACCAUGGGAGUUCAGAAGAUCUAACAAUGGCUCCUUGAAGGAAAGGAGAAGAAGCAAGAGGGAUCGCAGUUUUGUUCUCAAGCCAUUUUCUUAGCAGGAGAACCCAGAUGGCGGAUGGCAACUCUGUUACCUGAGUUCCUACUGGCUUCCCAAUGUCUCCGGUUUUUUCAUGCUUGUGAAAAGUUGUUUCAAGUUUCAAUGUAUUUGUUGGGGAAACCUUCUCUCUCGUUCAUCCAGUCUACUAUGUGGCUUGUUCAUGGACCAGAGGUCUAGUUAUCCAGAGUUUCUUAGGCCAAAAUGAAGCCAAUGGUUCAGACCUGCCUGCCUACUGUAUGAAAUUUUGUCUAUAUGGUACUACACUUGGAUUAAGGCUCAUUUUAAGGUGGUACACUGGUUCUAGCUAGGUUUCAGUGGAGCCUAGAGACACAAAAGGCUGUUUUAUGUCACUGAAUUUCCUGUUGAUAUUUGUCACGAACCAAUGGAACGUUGUGGUUUGAAUUGGAUGCAGGAUUAGUGUUAAUUGAAUGUUAUAGUUGUUUCUCAUGAA